AUAACUGGAAAAGUCCCAUUCUCGCCUGAGCGAGCAAGGUAUUCCUCACUGUGAACUUCCAUGGCGUCUUUUCGUGGAUAUAGCGAAGCAGCAGGAUCAAGAUCCGGCGGGAAAAUUGUUCGAGCUAGGCGAGCUGGAACUAGAAAGACUCCUUAUGAGCGUCCGGGGCUUUCAAAUUUGGGCUCUGGAGGAAACCCUAGUUGGAUCUCCAGGUUCAUUUUAUCGCCUACUCGUACCGUUGCUUCCAGCGCCGGAAAGUUGCUAUCCUCCGCCUUCGUUUCCGACUCCUCGUCCUCCUCUUCGGACAGUGAUUCAGGGGAUGAUGUUGAAGAUGAUGUUCGUGAUGAAAAUCGAGCUGAAGCAGUGAAGAAGAAUGGGACAUUGGCGAUGGACAAUUUAUUAAGAAAGGACUUCCCACCAGAGAAGAAAGAUAGCAAGCAUAUAAUUGAACAGCUACUGAUGCAGGAAACCUUCUCUAGGGCGGAGCGUGACAAGUUAUUUCAGAUAAUUGAAUCAAGGGUUGUAGAAUGUCAAACCAUCAAAGGUGAGGCUGCAGGGAGGGUGACUGAGAUAUCAAACAGAGCCGUUGAUAGUGAUGAUGGCAGGCCUGCAAUCUGCAGCACAGCAAUUCUUGAGGCAAAAAAAUGGUUGAACGAAAAACGAUUAGGACUGGGGUCUACUUCGAUGUUGAAAUUGGAUCACGGGCCAUGCACCUUGAAUUCCACGAAUUUGCCAGUGGUUAAUGAUGAAGAGAUGGGUUCACCUGUAGAUGUAGCCAAAUCAUACAUGCGGGCACGUCCUCCAUGGGCAUCUCCCUCGACGAAUAAUUUUGACUUCAAGUCUCCUUCACCAUUAGGGUUACAACUUUUCAAAGAAGAAACAUCAUAUUUAAUUAGUGGAAAUCCACUAUCUUCGUCUAAGGUGAAAAGGGAAUCUCCUGCCAGUGGAUCAUGGAAAAUCCAGGAGGAAAUACGACGCAUACGAUUAAAAGCAACUGAGGAACUGCUAAGAACUCCAUCUGCCAAGCUUGAUUGGUCUUCAUUUGCCUCAGACCACAAAAGUAAUUCGAGUUCUGCACGUUCUGACUACCUGAAAAUUGCUAGUGGAGAUCAAAUGCAGCAUGCUGUAAGGUCGAUAGAUAAAUCAACGAAUCGGUCGCCCGACAAUACUGUCAUUCAUAACUUAUUAGAGUCAAAGACCACUCGAGAUGUGUCGGAAAACAAAACUUGCCUACUUGGUACAACCAGCAUCGUUCUGCAACAGGAUAAGGAUUUGGAAACCGAUCCUCCCGCCGAGAGGAAAGCAUCAAGUUCAAGUUUAAAUGAGAGAGAACGCUUUGCGUUGCACGAAGUUGCAGGGCUGCCCAAUGGUUCUCCUCCGGUCCCUAGUUCUUUGCGGGAGCUUGUUGUAGAACAGAACGAUAUCAACAAUGUAGUGGAAGAAAACAAUUCAUCAGGUUCCGACGUCGUGAUGAAAGGGUCGUCUGUAGAGAUACAAUGCAAACUAUUAAGUGAAGUGUCCAUGGAGGUCCCAGACGUGAACGAAAACGAUAGUGAUAAAGCUCUAUCGGGUGGAAGUGAUGUCGGUGAAGUUGUAUCAGAAGGCAAUGAGAACUGUAAAAUCUCCUCUAGCAAGGAAAAAAAUGGUGCUGGUAAUGUUAAUACAGUAGAGAAGCCGACUUCACAAAGCAGCGUAGCAGCAGGGAAGACAGGCGGCAGAACGGCGCAUCAGCGACGGGGAAGACGAAGAAACUGACGUGGGAGGAAACAAGAGUGUAGUUUGCGUUGAAUUUUUGUGUGGAACCAAACAUUGAACAUAAAACUUUUGACCAUAGCUAAAGCAAGGUUGUUGUAUCAUUGGUAGUUUGAUUAGUUGUACGGAUUUUGUAUAGAGCUAGAUCAUAGAAUCAGCUUGAAUAAGCCUCACCGAAGAUGCUUUGUGUAUUAAAGUUAUGGAAAAUUUCUGAGAGGAAUGUCUAAAAUCUAGGCUUUUCGUUUAUGGGUUA